UGAACGCUGGGUUUGAGAGGCCGGAAGUCGUGCUGCCGUUGAUCGCAGUUUCAAAAUGCUGUGCAGGCCUUAGAAUCGAUAACUGCCACCUCUCCCCGAGCUAGGAGUGGGGAGCGACUCAUGGAGCGGCCGUAAGGAGACAGAUUCUCUAGGCCCUGGGUGUCCUUGAACUUGCUGUGUAGAACAGGUUGCUCUUGAACUACCUCCUGGGUACUGGUAUUCAAGUUUGCUAACUGUGGAAUCUUCACUGCCAAAAUGACAUCACAUUCCACCUCUGCCCAGUGCUCAGCAUCUGACAGUGCUUGCAGAAUUUCUCCGGAACAGAUCAGUCAGCAGGUACGACCAAAACUGCAGCUUUUGAAGAUUUUGCAGGCAGCAGGUGCUCAGGGAGAAGUAUUCACCAUGAAAGAGGUAAUGCACUAUCUAGGCCAGUAUAUAAUGGUGAAGCAGCUCUAUGAUCAACAGGAGCAACAUAUGGUAUACUGUGGUGGAGAUCUUUUGGGAGAUCUACUUGGAUGUCAGAGCUUUUCUGUGAAAGCUCCAAGCCCUCUCUAUGACAUGCUAAGAAAGAAUCUUGUUAUAUCAGCCUCUGUUAAAACAGAUGCUGCUCAGACUCUCGCUCUCGCACAGGAUCACACUAUGGAUAUUCCAAGUCAAGACCGACUGAAGCACGGUGCAACAGAAUGCUCCAAUCCCAGAAAAAGAACCGAUGAAGAUGAUACUCACACACUGCCUACCUCACGACUCAAAUGCGGAGACUCCAGAGCAGAUGAAGACUUGAUAGAACAUCUAUCUCAAGAUGAGACAUCUAAGCUUGACCUUGAGUUUGAGGAGUGGGAUGUUGCCGGCCUGCCUUGGUGGUUUCUUGGGAAUUUGAGAAACAACUAUAUACCUAGAAGUAAUGGCUCAACUGAUUUACAGACAAAUCAGGAUAUAGGUACUGCCAUUGUUUCAGACACUACGGACGAUUUGUGGUUUUUAAAUGAGACCGUGUCAGAGCAAUUAGGUGUUGAAAUAAAAGUUGAAGCUGCUAAUUCUGAGCAAGCAAGUGAAGUAGGGAAAACAAGUGACAAGAAGAUAGUUGAAGUGGAAAAAGAUGAUGAUCUUGAGGACUGCAAGUCCUUAAGUGAUGAUACUGAUGUGGAAAUUACUUCUGAGGAUGAAUGGCAGUGCACAGAAUGCAAGAAGUUUAAUUCUCCAAGCAAGAGGUACUGUUUUCGUUGCUGGGCCUUGAGGAAGGAUUGGUAUUCGGAUUGUUCUAAACUAACUCAUUCACUCUCUACAUCUAAUAUCACUGCCAUACCUGAAAAGAAGGACAAUGAAGGAAUUGAUGUCCCUGAUUGUAGGAGAACUAUUUCAGCUCCUGUUGUUAGGCCUAAAGAUAGAGUUUUAAAGGAGGAAAAGCCCAGGUUCGACCCUUGCAACUCAGUGGAAUUUUUGGAUUUGGCUCAUAGUUCUGAAAGCCAAGAGAUAAUCUCAAGCACGAGAGAACAAACAGAUAUUUUUUCUGAGCAGAAAACGGAAACAGAAAGUAUGGAAGACUUCCAGAAUGUCUUGAAGCCGUGUAGCUUAUGUGAAAAAAGGCCUCGGGAUGGGAACAUCAUUCAUGGGAAGACAAGCCAUCUGACUACAUGUUUCCAGUGUGCCCGGAGACUGAAGAAGUCUGGGGCUUCAUGUCCUGCUUGUAAGAAAGAGAUUCAGUUGGUUAUUAAAGUUUUUAUAGCCUAGUUGAGUUAGUUGCAGAGAUAUACUAGGAGGACCAGGUCACUUAUCAAAAAUCAGUAUUCUUAGAGGCAGGGGCAGAAGAUCACCAAUUUUGAUGCCAGUCUGGGCCAUAUAAUGAGACCUUAGUCUUAAAAGGAUCAGUAUUGAGCAUCUUUUAUAAAUGUGACCCAUUGCAUGUGUUUAUUUAUAUAAGCAUAUAUGGAAUUUUAGAUCAGUUUUGAGGGUUUCAUUAAUGAGAAGAUACUUUGUUCUCCUUCCAAAUUAUAAACCCAGGAGGGAAUAAUACCAAUACAAACAUAGCAAUGCAUUCUUUUAUUCACUUCCAAAUUAUUGCAAGGAUAAUCCGUUAGUUGAUUUAUUCUCUACUCUGGUGUUAUGCAAUGUUCUUGAAGCAUCAAAGUCUAAAGCAGUUAUUAAAAAAUAAUACAAGGGCUAACACUGAAGAGAACAGAUCUGAUCAGUCACUCGUUGUGUAUGCAAGGAUGACCUUAAACUCCUGAUCCCCGUCUCCACCACCUGUGUAACCCUGCUUAUAGGCUGUCCCACCAUGCUCAUCUGAAAUCCUUAUUAGUUAUCAGUUCUAAAAAGAAAAGGUACAGACUUUGUAGCUAACACUUUGCAUUUGUCUCUCAGAAGCUGGCUAGGUGUUUUGUAUUUUAUGCUCUGGAGUUGUUCCCAUUCUAAGGCAGUGGCCUAUGACAGGUCUUGAACAAAUGGAGAGAAGGAAUGUAGCAGCUGUGAAAGGGAGGGAAACCAAUUGUUCUCUUCAUUUCUUCUUAGUCAUUUUAGACCACAUCAAUUUAGUAUAAUACCAAUAUAUGAACUGAAGAUCUUUAAGCUGAAUCCUUUAUAACUGUUCUGUGUCUACUGAACCCAUGUGGGCCAUCGUGAUGUUUCCCCAGGGACAUGAAUCCAUCAUUUUAAAGACCAAGUCCCUAGAACUAUUGAACUUGAGGGCAAUCCAUUUGUCUUGGCUUUUCUACUGUUAGAAAGGGGGAAUUGUGUGGUAUCCAGUACUGUUAUGUCAUUAUGUCCCUGCUGGAUUGGGACCACUGGGGCUCCUGUAAUCACUACUAAGAGGAGCUAUGUUAGCUUUAUGUUCUUGCAUUGACCCCACAUUCCCUGUAUUUCCUAAGCUCUACCAGUAGAGCCAACUUUACCAAAUUCCCACUGAAUUAGUUAUCAUAGUUACUCUUUAAUUGCUGUGACAAAGCACCAGUGCAAAAUAUAAAAGCAUUUAAUUGGGUUUGCCCUUGAGAGGGUUAGAAUCCAUGAUGGCAGGGGCAGCUGAGAACUUACAUCUUGAUCUGCAAGUAGAAUGCAGAAAGAGAGCCCUGGGAAACCCCGGGGCCUGCCCCCAGUGUUGCACUUUUGUCUGCCGUUCCUACCAACUGGGGCCAAGUAUUCAAACUUAUGAGCUUAUGGUUUAUAUUCUCAUGUAGUCCACCACAUUCCACUCCCUAGUCAUCAUAGGCUCUUGGCCAUAUUACAUUGCAAAUGCAAUUAGCCUAACCUCAAAACUCCUCAUAGUCUUUUUUUUUUUUACUCUUGACGUAAUUUAAAAGUCAAGUCAGAGUCUCUGCUGAACUCAAAGACAGUCUCAUAAUUGUAACCCUCUGAAAAAGCAAAAAAGCAAAUUAUACAUUUCUAACAUACAGUGACACAGAAUAUACAUUACUAUUCCGAAGAGUUCUAUUUCAGGAAUAGUGAGAAAACACUGGACCAAAGCUAGACUGAAACCCAGCAGGGCAAAUUACAAGUCCUAUAACUCCAUGUUUGGUGUCAAAAGGUUUGGAUUUGUUGACUGCAACAUAUUUUGUCUGGUUCCAUUUCUUGUAUAGAGCUCUCCCCAGCAGAUAGCGCAUGGAUCUGAUGCCUCUGACUUUCACAGGCUCCAGGGCAACUUGGAUUUCACUUGCACAGCUUCACUCAGUGACCUCUCGGGGCUUCAUGCAGAAACUCCCCUGCAACCCAUUGUGUGACUUUUAGUGACUCCUUAACUGUGGAGGAAGAUUCCAUAGCCCUCUACUCAUGUACCCUUCUUGAGUGUAAAGCCAGAUGACAUUGUUCUGUGGCCUUGUUGGGACGGAGCCUGGCCUUGAAUCACUCCCAGCAGGGUUCAUGUUCUGUUGCCUUUAGGAGCAGAGAAUUCCUUAGGCCUUUUUCUUUUCAUAAGUUGGCUGCUUAACUGGGCAGGGCUUUAUCCUGGCCGUCCCUCUCUUUGUCUGGCCUCUCCUUAACUGUCUCUGAGCAGAAGCCUUGGCUCCAACAUUAACUUUCCUGCUGUUCUGCCCUUCAAGGGUUUUUCUUUUCUUUUUUUUUAAAUUGUAGUCCUGUAUGAAAAGAAUUACUAAUUACUGUGCUGCAGAGGCAGUAUUAGGCUUUCAGAAAAUCUCCUCUAUCAAAGAAGUUAGUCUAUUACUUUUCACUUUAGGCUUAGGCAAAUUCUUAGGACAAGGGUAGAAGGUAGCCAUUCUUUUCCAAAGCAUAACAAGAAUAAGUCUUUAGCCAGUUGUUAAUAAUUGUUCCCUGCAGCCUAUUGAUCUAGACUUCCACAGAUCACAUACUCAGCCCUGCUGUCUUCUAGGCUCCUGCUGGGCCCAUCACGUUCUGCUUACAACCUUGAACCCUUUCUUAGUCCAGAGUCCCAAAAUCUUACACAUUCCUCCAGAAACCUACGUGGUUAGGUCUUUCACAGCAAAGGCCCACUUCCUGGUACCAGCUCCUGUGUCUUGGCUACUCUAAAAUUGCUAUGACAAAACACCUUGACCAAGGCAGAAUAGACAAGAAAGCAUUUAUUGGGUUUAUGGUUUCAAAGGGAUUUAGUUCAUGAUAGAGCAGUCGAGAUCUUACAUCUUGAUCUAUAGGCAGAGGGAGAGCCCAGGGAAUGGCAUGGACUUUUGAGACCUCAAAGCCUUCACCUUAUGACACACCUCCCAACAAAGCAACAUCUCCUAAUCCUUUCCAAAUAGUUCCUUCAACUGGGGACCAUGUACUCCAACAUGAGAGUAGGGGAACAUUCUCAUUCAAACCACCAGUUAGCCAAGGAACUUUCUCCUAGCCAUGGCUUGUCACUGCUUCCAGUUGAUAAUUUCACUAGCUGUAGCAAACUUAAGUAGGAUUCGCCUUUCCUCGGUGUCAAGUCCUUCCUAUUAUGGAUCUUCUGCUUGUGCUGAAAAUCCUGUGGCUCCUGCUGGGCUUGAUGUGCAGUGCAGUCUCUGAGGGACUGAGAACAGGCUUGUAUAUCCACAUCUCCAUGGCAGUAAGACAAAGUAGCUUAGAGGUAAUCAUCGAUGUCAUCAGUCACAGUCCCUAUUUGAGAAUAGAUGUGCUGUGUAUAGCCCUGGACUCUAGUCACUUCCUAGACAUGGACCUUCUGGGGGGAAUUGGGUGAUUAAGAUGCUUAAUUCCAAGUACUGCAUUCAAAAUAGGAUACAUUAAAUAGUAGUCAAUUUCAUUUAAUGCUUCUCCUAAUCUUUGGGGCAGUGUCUCGCCGUUUUACUGUGACUGGCCUGGGCUUUACCCUGUAUCUCAGGCUGGCCUCAGCUUUCAGUGACCUUCCUGCUUUUGCCUCUUGAGUGCUGGAAUUCUAGGCAUGUAAUGACUACAUUUCUUGAUUUGCUUAUCAUUUAAGUUAGUUUUUGUUAUGCUAUCUUGGACAAAAGUGCAGAACAGAGAUGAUGGAAUUAGGAACAUCUCUAGGGUCUCACUGUUAAUGCGUUCCUCACAGGGGACUUUAUGAUCAUUGAUGUGCUUCUGUUUACUACUGUGUCAGAUGAGAAAUUCAGAGCAAGGCUUCACACAGGUGUUGCUGCCUCCCUAGCCCAUUUAGGAUGUAGUAGAUUUAUGAUUGAGGGCUGGAACUGGUAGAUUAGAGAGCAGCCAGACCAGCCUCUUACCUGCCACAAAAUUGUAUAAUAGAGCAUUGUACCGCCAAGCAUUUGUGACUGUGUGGAUAUGUAUUCAUUAUUUAUGUAUAUUUAGAUGUAUGUGUUAUUUUGCAUGGUUUGAAAGAAUUUAUUCUGAAAGCCAGGAUCAUUUGUAAAGUUGGGGCCUUUAAAAAGUUGAUUGAGAAAUUGGGAACAUUCCCAGUUCUCAAUGUUACCUGUUUAGUUCUCUUUAGAAAGAAAGACACUUUUGGACCAGCUCUUUGGCUGUUUUGUUCUAUUUCCAUGAUAUUCUGUGAACCUCCAUGGUUUUAGAUACUGUGACUGUUAUUUUCCCUUUAGCUCAAAUGUUGAUUCAGUCUAAAGAAUACUAUUUUUUGAUGGCUCUUACCAUUCACGCAUGUGCACAUGAUCUAGAUUAAUGCUACCUUUGCUAAAAAUGUCUUAAGGUAAAGAACUAGCUGUUUAGAACCUGCACUUCAAAGAAACCUGGAAGCUGUCCUCUGUGCCAAAAGUAAAGUGUACAAUGUUUACAGAUGGGUGGAAUUUUGCACUGCCGUAGGGAACCGUGGGCUUCUGUCACCAGAUUCCUUAGAUUUAUGAGUAGAUAGUUGCGGUUAAGCUUAUGGGAGGAACUGUUGAGCCCUCUACGGCCAAGCUGGUAAUGAGUAUCUGAGACAGGUGGUUGGUUCAAGUGACUCCCUAGGCCUAGCUUGGGUCUUUCUGUUGACAAUUAUUUAUGGUUUGCAGAUUCUAUAUGCUUUCUUUAGAGGAGCUGCCAGCUCUCCCCUCUUGUGAAAGACUGUCUCGUAGACAUUUUGAGAUCUUUUGAUGUAAUGUGCAAUCCCAAUUAAUCCCAUUAUUGGUGAAUGUAGCAUUGUUAAACUCUUAUUGUAAAUUAUUUCUGAUCUUCCCUUGAUAGCAGUAGGUAUUUUAUUUUUAUUUUUUUGUUUUGUUUGGUUUUGUUUUCAGAGACAGAGUCUCGCUAUUCGGUUGACCUAGAACUUGCUUUAUGAUUAGGCUGUCCCCAAACUCACAGAGAUCUGCCUGUCUCUGCCUUUCUGCCACCACGCCCAUGUAACUGAUGUUACAGAAAAUGAUCUCACAUCAUGGUGCUGCUUUUGCUGCUCAUGUGUCUUUACAUAGGCGCCCCCUUCAGUCCCCUCUAGGCGCACAGCAUAGUAGGAGUCAGAGAUAAGCUAAGAGGGCAAGUAGUUCUUCAGUGGCUUUAGAACUUGGCAGAUGCUCUGCUGAAGAUGAGCAUUGUGUGUGACACUUGAGGACCAAUAUGAGCAUUUAAUUUGUUACCCAAAGGUGCUGUGUAUUUUUAAACAGCAAGUACUUUGAUGUGUGUAGACAUUUCCCUUCUGUCUCUCUUCCUCCCUCCCGCUGCUUUUGUUUUCCUAUUUCUGAGUUAGCUGCAUUUGGACUUUGCUUUUAUGCCAGAGGCCGUCUGUUACUCUGGGUGUUUAGAAGUACAGUGUACUUACGUAGGGUCCUUCUUCAGCCUGGCCUGAGCAGUGUUUGUCACAGAGUAGACCAUGAGUCCAUCAGAGGAGGAGCUGUGAGGGCGCAGCUGUCUUCUGCCUUCCUUUGUGGGGCGUGGGCUUGCUUGAGCACUAAGACAUUUGAGGUCAAUCUUCCCCCUCUUCCUGCCCAUAGUUUUCCCUCCCCUUUCAGUAAGGACUGCCCCCUUAGGAGAGAGCAGGAGGAGAUGCAGUGCUCUCCGCCUUCUUAGCCAGCAGCGUGCCCUACUCUGGAAGUUGAAAGCUACAGUUUUUCUCACCGGUAAAGCCAACACACCCACCCACCCAUUUCUACCUCAGUUUGUUGUGGAGACUAUGGAGGAGCAACCCUUAAAAACGCUGACUGCCUUGAAGAUGGAGGAAGGUAAUAGUUUUGGUCGACUUCUGUGCUUUGAGUUUAUACUGAGAAUCCUUUCUGUUCUGGAAGUGAGUGUAGUUCUCCUUCUUGCCUGUUCAGUAGAACCUGUGUUGCUCGCUUUAAGUCUCUGCUCACCGCCUGUCCUGUGCUUGACACUAGGCUCUUGAUUAGGAAGAGUUGCUCCAGAUGCUUUGAGAAGCACAUGUAAAUUUAGACAGCACAUUUUGUCCUGAUGGAACUUGCCUGUACACACUGGAGUAGGUGGCAUACGAUGCUCUGCUGGUGUGUAGAGGCGGUUCCAUGACAUUCCCAGUCUGGAACUUGCCAGCACAGUAGCAAACGAGGGGUAAUAACUGAGAAGAACUGCAGCUCACUAACAGGCCAGAGGGAAAUGUUUCUGUGUGUCCUUGUGUAACUUUUUACAGUGCCACUAAGUUAAGAGCCCUGUUACCUGGGUGUUUGCACUAUGUAAUGCUUCUAAUGCUUUUUUAUUGUGUUGUUUGUGUGAUUAAACAGUUUUCAUUUUA